GUCGUCGUGAUCGCCCCUGUUCGCGCAGGCGCAUUAGCGGGAAACCUCGCGGAUGAGAGACGCUCCAGCUGCUGCGCAGGAACGGUGAGGGUCUGCCGCUGUCUCCGGUCGCCGUGCGACGGUUUGUAUGAAUCCUUCCACGAGUCACCCUGAGCUCCGCACCCCCAGGGGGGAGACGAUCGCCCCAGCCGGAGUCCAGUAAGGACGGUGUCCUCGGCUGAAACCCGUCCGUCCUCCCCGCCGAUGCUCCCACACACGAUCAGUAGCCUUUUGAAGUCCAGACUGCAAACAUGGAGGGUGUAGCGGUGGACAACCUGAUCGAUUUUGAGCAGCCGUCAGAGGCCACGGUGCUCCGUGUGGAAGGUGGGCAGCACCGAGGACACGCGGACAUCUUCUCACCCGAGCCUCCGUCCUCCACGGGAGUCCAGCAGCCGCCGCUGCUGCUUGAACCCGUAGCGCCUACCAGGCCCGGUUCACACCGCCGCUCGGAGGAGGGGGAUGAGAGUGAUGCUACGGAGUCGGCAGACAGCGAGAACGACAUGGACCCUUCCUGUCACACCUGGGAGCUGAGGAGGUCGUCGUCUUCAUCUGCUCACAGCGGCGAGGACGCCGACGCAGAAGGGGUGGAGAGGAGGAAGUUCAUGAAGGCUUAUGUGGAGAAGGUGUUUCAUGGAAGGGAGGAAUUUGACCAGGAGGAGAAGGCCAAGUUUGGAGAGCUGUGCAGCGGAGAGAACGGAAAAGGCCGGGAGUGGUUUGCUAAAUAUGUCAGCGCGCAGCGCUGCCACUCCAAGUGUGUGAGCGAAGCCACCUUCUACAGGCUGGUCCAGUCCUUCGCUGUGGUUCUGUUUGAAUGUUACCAGAUGGACGACUACACCCCGGCCAAAAACCUCAUGACCAUGUGCUUCACGUACUACUACAUCGGAAAGUCCCAGCCGUCUCCCUCGGAGCUGCUGGAUCGCGGUGGUCCACCAGCCGGUCUGGACUCGUAUCUCAACAAGGCCAACUCCUGGCUGUUGGGGAAGAAGGACGCCGCUGAGCGUCUCCUCAAAAACACCUCCAAAACUGAUGUCAAAGGCUUCUUCGGAGGUCUGGAGAGCAAGCUGAGGAGCUCGAUGGCUCCAAAGACUGAUGAGAAUCAGAGUCCAACUGAGAGCAGGUCACCAGUGUCAGCGGCUCCAGAACAAAAAAAAGGAGAGAAGGUGUACCUGUACACUCACCUGAAGCAGCAGCCAAUCUGGCACACACUGCGGUUCUGGAACGCUGCAUUUUUUGACGCCGUUCAUUGUGAGAGGAAGAAGAGGUCUCCGACCACCAGUGGAGCGCAGGAUGAAGGAAAAGACGAGAGGGAGAAGUGGUGUCACAUGACCCAGGAGGAGAGAGACGACAGCUCUAAAAUCGAUGAGAACAUCGCCUUUGGUCAGCUCGGGACUUUCACACACAAUAUGUUGGCUUUCGGACUCAACAGAAAACUUUGUAACGACUUCCUGAAAAAGCAGGCGAUCAUCGGGAACCUGAACGAAGAACAAUACAAGCUGCUGACUGACCACAUACAGAAGAUGGCAGCAGACUGAGUGAUGACCAGCUGCUUCCCAGUUUCCCUCCAGCCACUCGUCCAUCCGUGACCGGAUCUCGUUUCUGUUUUCACGCGGAGAAACGACAUAAUCUGAUGAACUGAACUCCGUCCAUCUUCAUCGUGUCUCGACACGAGCAAUAGUCCUCUCUGUGUAAGGACCACGGCUGCAUAAAGCUCUGAAACAAAACCUAGUUGUACAUUAGAAGCUGUAUUUAUUCUGUUUUGGUGGUUGUCGUGUUCCGUCCUCGUCUGUGAUCCUUUACAGCCAUAAGGACCGGUCGUGUUUUAUUAGACCUACAAACCAAAUCUGUUUGAUUUAUUUUGUAGCAGCUGUGAGAGGGAUGCACCCCCUCAAAGGUUUAUUCUGUUAUUGUCACUAUUUGUUUCUGCUCAAACUAAUUUUAAUCUGACAAAAGUUCUGUGUAAACAGAAAAGUCAGCUUGCAAAUAAACAUUUGAUUUAUUAGGGGAUCAAACCCUCAUCACUGUGGAGGAGUUUUGCCCAACCCUUCUCUACAGAAUUGUCUGAAUUCAGCCACAUUGGAAGGUUUACCUGCAGGAACUUCCUGUUUAAGGUCAAAGGUCAGACACUCUCCUUCAGGAUGUUCUACUACAGAACAGAAUUCAUGGUCUGAAACAGCAGACCAGGCCCAGACCAUCACACUACCGCCACCGUGUCUAACUCCAGAUGGACCGGGAUGCACAACUUCCAGAAUAUUUACCCAGAAGUCUUUGUGAUCAUCAGGACUGAUUUUGGUAAACACAUUUUGUUGAAUCCUGACCUCUGACCUCAACCUGAACCUUGUGAGUCCUGCAGGGCUUUAGAUGAGAUUCUGGAUAAUUCUGUUCUUGUAUCUCGUUACAACAGGGCAUUUUGAGAUUUUUCAGCCUACUUCUUGGAAUUGAGCUCAUCUUCACAGAUAAUCUGGUUAAUCUCAGUUAAUUUGGGAUAUAAAAAGGAGGCAGAUAACCAUUUUUAGGUUGGUUUUGUCCCAUUUAUAACAUAAAGCCUCAUUUAAAAAGGUUUACUCCUGAUACAAAGAGCUGAUAAUCAAUUUUUAAUGAGCUGAAUUAAGUGACAAAAGGAGUUUAUUUUCCAGCUCUGUUUGUGAUUCUGACUGGUUUUUGUUUUUUUACUUCUGAAGACUCGGAUCUGUAUUUAUGAGACUUUUAUUGUGACAUUGUGAGACUUCCUCCUGUCCAAAGUG